AUGUCUGCUCCUCCGCACCCACCGCCGAUCCAAACGUCGACGCAGGGCGCCUUCUUCGCCAACAGCGGCACGUAUACGCCCUUGACUCCCGACCAAGACCAUGUCGAAUCGCCGUCCUUGACUUCGGGCAAUGCCCUCGCCCGCUUCGAGUUCGAGAGGCCGGCCGGCGACAAGGCCGGCACAAAGAUCCUGAUGGUCGAAUGGGAGGACGACGACCAGACCAAGCAAGUUCCCGGCCAAUGGUCCGUCAGCUGGGAGGCCAAACGUGCCGCCGUGCUCAGCUCUAAUGCUGCCGACGGCAAGAGAGAAGGCUUGCAUCGACUGUACUUCCUGCUCUCCGUCGCCGAGCGCGUACCGGCCACCGUCACCCUCACCCUACGACCCGACGACCAGGAGCAGGAAAACUUAGUCUGGCGCACACAUCCACUACCCGCCAUCUUCCCGCCUGAGCUGGGAGCUUCGGCUCGUCAAGCUGGCAAGAAGGGCGUCUUGCAUACCGUAUGGGCCAAGAAGCGUCUACAAGUCCUCAAGCAAGAGAUACACCACGAAGAACAGUACAGUCCCGAGGGUGUUGCUCUGUCCAUGGCCAUACAAGAGCGCGACUGGAUAGAGUCGAACUUCGGUGUUCGUACAAAGCCCACUGGCCUAAAGAUUGCUACCACAAGCUCUUCUGCAUCCUUGGAUCUUGGCCUGCCCAGUCCAGCCAGUCCUCGCAGUCCUGGUCGUGGCCCCUUACUGGAAAAGCUCAAAGGCCUCAGUCUUAACACCAACACCCCAUCACACGACUCCAACCCUCUGAGCCCUGAAGGAUCAGACGUCGCCGUCAACUUCAAUACCUUCGCUGCACUGCACGGCUUACCAGACCCCAGCACUCUUGCCGCCAAACCUCCUCAACGCAUCGUACAUCAGAACCAGCAAACGGAUUCAGUAGUACCACAAGCCCAACGGAGAAUCGCUCCGCAAUUACCGCCCGACUCGAUCCUUGCACAGCAACGGCUACAAAGUGGCAGUAGCAUGGCAUCGUUGAACGCCCUCGCUAUCAAUCAAGGUCCCAUCGACGUCAAGCCCACUUCUUCAACUGGUCUGCCGUCGGUAACGAGGAGUGACUCGGCUGCUGAGGAGGAUGAUCUCUUUGCCUUGCCGUUGAGUCCUCGUAGCCCUGCUGAUCAACCAGCUGGUGGCUCUGCUUUUUCUUUCGCCGCAGAUCAUGUUGCCAAGUACACGCAAUGA